AUGGAUCUUGUCGCCGGUGUUCGCAAGGAAGGCAGCCGCGGCGGCCGCGGCGACUUCAAAUGGUCCGAUGUGAAAGACUCUUCGCAUCGCGAAAACUACCUCGGUCAUUCUCUUAUGGCGCCUGUUGGUCGAUGGCAACAGGGUAAAGAUUUACAAUGGUAUGCACGUGGGGAAGAUGAUACCGAGGAUGUCGCUAGGAAGGAGCGCGAGGAGCGGCAGCGCGUCAAAGCAGCGGAGGAUGAGGCCAUGGCGCGAGCUUUGGGUCUUCCGCUGCCAUCUCAGAACGCGAACCUGACGCCCCUGGGUGGUGAUGAGAACCCACCUGCGGCAAUUAACGGAGACCCAACGGAGGAGAAGACAAGAGGUAUGGGAUAUAGUCACCUUGUCAGUAUGCAAUAG